AUGGCUUUAUCUGAUCAAAGUUCUGUUGAUCAUCUUGAAUCCUCAGAUCAACUGGGUCCUAAAACUUUUGAAGAAAGAGAUACAAACUAUAAUCUCCUUUCUCAGGAACAUACAUCUGCUGUUACUUCCUUUAAAAAUAUUGGUGUUUCUUCUGAAAAAAUAAAAUUUUCUCAUAAUUCUAGACAAGCAGAUAUUGAGGAAGAUAAACUCUCUGACAUUAGUGAUGUCGACGAGUACAUUGUUGGAAAAGAAGAAAGCAUUGCCAACAAAACUUUAAAUAUUCUAACAGGAAUUGCUCAGCCACAUUGCUCACAGACCAAUUCAUUGAAUUAUUUAGGAGAGGGAGAAUAUUGUCAUACCAUUGACUUUUAUGAAGAUUCAGAAGAAGAAAUUAAAAGGAAGGCUCGAAUUUUGAAUAAACUGGAAUAUUUAGAAUACCUGGAAGAUCCAGAGGGUGUUGAAGAACUACUGCAGGAUAUUGCAACUCUAGUCGUUGCAAAUCAAAUUCUUUAUGAAGAGUCUCAAUUCCAAUAA